UCGGAUGGGCGAAUGGAUGUGUGUGCGUGUGUGUGGUGGUGCGGAUGGACGGACGAUUCGAGUGCAUGGCGAGUGCCAUGUGUAUUGUCUGUGUCUGUGUCUGUGUGUAUGUGCUGGCCGAGCGAUUGAUUGAGGUCCAGAUUUGACCCAAACAUGACUGACUGACUGACUGACUGACAUGGUUGCGUAACUGAGUGAAGAACAGUUGCUGGCUUUAAAAGUAGCUUCUUCUGAUGCCCGAAGAGUCACGUUGUUUAGCCAAUAGAGGCACACACACGCCAUACCAUACACCCCUACUCUUGACUGACAUGUAUCUCGAGAAUCUAGUUGUUGAGCACAGCCUCAGCCAGCUCACUCCCCAGCACCUCCCGCACCCACUCCCUGCCCCCCAUAUGCAUCAUACCCUCACUGGUGGUGUACACCACCACACUCAUCUUUUCGCUCACACCGCACCUCUGCACACCCAUAAUGGCUGCACACUCGUCGCCCACACCGUGACGCACCACAUAGCGCAUCUGCCACCCAUCCUCCGCUCGCAAGUCAUACCCACACACCACUGCUGUCCGCAAGCAGGCGAUCCACCUGCUGUGCUAGGGGUAAAGGGGGUGACCAAGCAGUCCAUUCGGCGAUGCGACGGAGAGAGGGAGAGGGGCGGCUGCCAGUGGCGGCUUGGACGAGCCGAAAGAAGACCAGAGAAGUGAAGGAGCGGAACAGCAGCCAGUCGGUCGACGAUGGCAUCGGAGGGUCUUCCACACACCCAGCAUUACCACCGUAUAUGGCGCAAGCAGCGUCAAGGGGGCAGGGCUUCACGGCCUCAUGUCGCUGCUGCAUAAAGUUGUAGAUGAGCCCGCCACUCAGCUGCAGCGGCACACCGUCGACAGCCACAUUGGCCGUGAGCAUCAUCCACUCGCGAAUGGCCGCGGGCAGCGGGACGAGCUGCGCGUCAAAGGACCCCUCACCCAGCACAACCGGCUCCCCCCCUCGAGCUCCCCUUCUCAGCAGCUGCAGCACCGCCAGAUGCGGCACCCACCUCGCCCAGUCCUCUGCAGCAUCGAUCAUCCACAGGGCACGCAGAGCAACCUUUAUGCCGCCAGGCGGUCGUAUCUUCAGUGCAAAGAGGCCGUCCCUCCUCCUCAGCCGCUUCUCAGUGGCCUGGAGUCGCCGUGUGACGUAGGUGAGGUCGAGAGGGUAGAGGCCGUGUAAAGUGGCGCGGUGCAGGGCGCGCCAGACGCACAGGUGCUGCACAUCCAGAAAGUCGGCUACCGCCGGCUGUGCUUCAGGCGGCAGAUCUGGCAGCAUUCUCUG